AAGCGGAAAAGGACAGCUUUACAAAACAAAUAAUCCCGAGAUCAAACGUUUACAGGAUAAACACAGCCAAACAGACUUUCUCAUCAACACAACAAUGCUCGCUUACUGCGGAAAGCGGCAGUUACAAAGUGUAAUGGGAAUGGAAAAAAAUUUAGUAGCAAUUAACAUGGCACCCCCAACAGGAGAUUUUGAGAAAUUCGAUCCCAAUGCGACGGUAGAGAACGAGAGGAAAACCAGCAGUAAUACAACAAAUGCACAGGUCAAACAGGUUGCCUCAACAAUAAAAGCAGAAAUUGAAGCCGCAGCCCAUGUCCAAUACACCAGAGACAUAGCAUUAGACUACGAGAAUAGACUGGCAAGAGAAAUUCGUCGGUUACAAUGUGAAAACCGUAAAAUGAACCAUCACAGCGCAAUCGUAAGCGCUCAGUACAAUGGCUGGUUAGCAGCUACUCACAUGCAACUUCCAAAAUGUUCAAAAUUAGUAGCCAACGGUGCCCAAGCUUCAGUCUUACAAUGUAGAGAACAAAAUGUAACCUUCCACACAGAAUUUACAAAAUGUGGUCCUCAACCACGUUAUCUCAAUUUUACAAUUGCAUUCGAAGGUUGGGAGCUCGUACCCUUCACCGACUGCUAUUGGUAUUCAAAUUUUGUAAAUUUGAACGGGAAAACUCACGCUCACAAAAAUGGGGAAUGGAUUCCGGUGUUUGCCAACAUCCAAGUUCAAGGUAGAAAACUCAUUGAAACAGAGAAAUUCGAAGCCGACAAUACUCUAGCAACCCUCCUGCAAAUGCACCCAGCAAUUCAAAAUAGCCCUUUGAGUUAUGCGUCGGUAAUGGCUGACAUUCUCGCCACCAUUGAUGAGCAUCACUCAGAAGACAACACAAAAGAACUUCUCACUUCCAAUGUCCUAAUUCACCAUAGCUAUGCCCCUCACGUAGAUUUUGUAGCUGAAAUGGGGUGUUGGAUAAAACAUUUUGGAGUCGUUUCAGGCUUUGGGAUGAUUUCAGCAUUCGCUGUAAGAUUUUGUGGUAUCGGGUCCCUCCAACUCACCUUCCCAAUCAUGUCAAAAAUAUUUCAACUCAACUGCUUCAACAAAACACCACCAGCCAUUACUGCAACAGCCACACCACCACCUAUCCAAAUCAUUAUGCCUCCUACCAGUCCAUAUUCAACCCAAUCCACAGCCUCAGAGCGAUCGACAGAGCCCCCACGGAGAAAGAAGAGGCAGCGAAACCGCCAAAGCCCUAAUCAGCCAGAAGCCGAAUCAUUCCUCCAAGAAAAUCGAAUCAAUCCUCGCACAUAA